AUGCUGGUCCAGCCGUCCUUGUCUGAUCAAAUGAACCUCAACGGCAAUCUGCACCAACGACGGACGAGUGUAUCAACAGAUGGGUACAGCGAUCAUGAAGAUCAAAAUCCAGAAUCAGUAUUGAAGACAUCGUCCAUUCCUCCGUUGGGUCCGUUGGUACCCAAAGAGAAGAAACGCAAAACUGGAUUAUCUGCCAAACCCGUUGGAAACGGUGAAUUUGAACCAGAACGACACUUCUACCCCCGUGUCCUCAACGCAAAUAUUCAUCCACUCGUAUCAAGCUUCUUUGCUCUCGGAAAUGAACGUAUCCUCGCUAGAUAUACGCACCUCAAUCCACAGGUGGACUUGGAUGCUUUACGUACCCUGCUAGAUUAUCAACCCAAAUACUUUAACUGGGCUGGCUCGGACUUGUUUAAUGUCACUACUUCGGCUGGAGCUCGCCAAAUGAUUAUAAUAGAAACAAACUCAUGUCCAUCUGGCCAAAAAUCUAUGCCUCUAUUGACUGAAAUGGGUGAAGAACAUGGAGGUUAUGGAGUAGUCAUUGAUAGCACAUUCUUGGAAUUGAUUCAAGACUUGGAUCCCACUUUGGGUGAUUUAGCUGUCUUGACUGAUAAGAAUAUGAUGGAAGCAUCAGGUUAUGCUGCAGUCAUGGCUGAAUCUUCAAAGGAACGUGUGUGGUUGGUGGAAUAUUUCGAUGAAGAUCCUGAUCCACCUGUCAAGUGGGAAGAUGGUAUCAUGUUUGUACGAGAUGAAGCCAAAGAAUGGCACCCCAUCCGAGCUUGCUUCCGAUAUGUGACUCAGAAACCCUGGAACCGUUUUCCAAUCAACUCAAAGACCUACGUUCUGAAUAAUAUUGUAUCCUGUUUGGCUGGUGGCCGUAAUAAGAUGAUGGCGGCUCGAGCCUACGAGUUCCUGAAUGCUGAACUUCAGGGUACCGGUCUUUCCAUCAAGAUGCCUGAAACCAUCAGGAAUGUCUCAAAGAGUGAAAUUCCACUGUGGAUUGACAGUAUGGGUGGCCACGCUGUACUUAAAGUCCCUUACUCCAACGCCGGUCAAGGUGUAUAUACGAUCACCACACCUGGCGAGCUCCAAAACUUUAUGGCCAUAGAUCAUCACUAUGACAAGUUCAUUGUACAAUCUUUGGUUGGCAACGCUUCAUGGUCUUCCGUCACGAGAACUGGCAAGUUCUACCAUGUCGGCACCAUUCCGAAUAAACGAAACCACAUAUAUGUCUCGGAUUUGCGGAUGAUGGUGACAGCAAAUGCAAAGGGAUUCCGACCCGUAGCUAUUUAUGCCCGUAGAACUCGUAAGCCGUUAUUACGUCGCUUGGAGGAUGAUCCUACAGUGACCUCAUGGGAAAUGUUGGGUACCAAUUUGUCAGUCAAGGUUGACGACGAAUGGACUACUGAAGCGCAAAGACUGGUCCUCAUGGAUCGUAAAGACUUUAACCAGUUGGGUAUUGGUGUUGAUGACCUGAUUGACGCCUAUAUUCAGACUGUCUUGUCUGUAAUUGCAAUCGACAAGAUGGCACAAAGGCUCAUGAAGGAUGCCAAAGAUGGUCCUCGUGAUCCGAGGUUUCCUAAAUACGGACAGAAAGUUUUUGACUUUGAACUUUUUGAAGCCCUCAAUCCGGAUCCAGCUUUGAUGAGUGAGAUCAUCAGGUAA